AUGGAACAACUUGCACUCAAGUUGGAUUCGGAGUUAGGCUUCGUGAACCAGGUUUUAGGAGAGACAAAGCCAAAAAAAGAAUAUGAAGAUGCUUUACGUUCAUUUACAAUUCAUGAAGAUCCUACUCGAAAUUACAUCGCCGCUACUAGGGAACUGGAGAAUGAAAGGAUACGAGUCACAGUUCCUGUUUACAGCUCAAGGGCACUUUAUACAGACAGGAAUAAUGUGAUGCAUAACAGCGAAGGCGAAGGAAAAAAUGAUGAAUCUGAUGAGUUAAGUUACUUUCAGCAUUCUAUUCCUACUUAUGUACAGAUAACGAAAAAGGAGGGAACCAUGCUCUGUUCACUGCUUCUUAACAAAGAUCAAAUCCUCUUUAACAGUCUUAUGUUUGAUCAGAAUAAGGACUCGCCAGUUGCUUUCACCGAUCUUGCUCAAGCAUUGAGAAAGAGUCCUAAGUAUCGUGGACGCAGAGCAAAUAAGCUUCCUGAACCAUUAAAAACUUCCCUAUUAGCAUACCUGGAAGAAAAGGAAAUUACAACGCAAUUUAUCAGAGCUUUGAUUUCAAGGAUCUGGCGCAAGGAAAAUCUGUCAUAUAAAUCCUGGAUAGAAAAUAUUUUAGAUUAUGUUCUAUUUCAAGGGCCUUCAAAACCAACAACUUAG